ACCGGAAGCUGACGUGGCGCCGUUGCUAGGCAACCAUAGACGCGCGGCUGUCGCUUUGCGGCGUUUCAGAUCCUCCAGUCCAAACAUUGAACUUUUACUGUCUCUGCGUUAUUUUAGGUUCACAAGCAAAUAAUUAUUAAGUUUUUGGUUUUUAGUUACUGCAGUUCAAUUAGAGAAAUAAAAUGGACGCUAACAUUAAGGUUAAUUUGUCCAGGUAAUGAAAUCAGAUACCUGUUCUCCACAGGUACCUCGGGACCUGAAAGCAAAGUUGUUGCUAUGGACAGACCUCAGCUUCCACGACAUGGAGGUCAUCGAGCAGGCCCGGUCCGUUCCGGACCUGGAGAGGACGCUGUGCAGCGCGCUGACCCUCGACCUCCCAGAGCCAGAGAGAGGAGUCCUGCUGGAGCUGUUGGUCCAAACGGUGCUGUUCUGCAGGCAGCAGGGCUUCAAUAAUGCGCAGACGUCUGCUCUGCUCUCCAUCAUCAAGUCCAUCCACGAGGCCAACAUUGAAACUCCUCUCAACAACUCUGAGCAGUGUUUCAAAUACUGCAACGAUCUCCUGCUGUGCCACUCGGUCAGGAGGCCUCCGUUCAGCGUCAAGCUGUUCAGCCAGGAGGAGACCCACUGCGUUUUAAAUUACAUCCAGGACAAUUACCUGCGACACGACAGACUCUACAAAUACAUAUUCACCCCGCAGAUGAAACUUGAUUUGUUUUUAACUUAUUCUGGGAAGGGAGGAGAGGGAUUGGCUGCAGACGAAGCUGCUGCAGGAGACGAUUCUUCUGACACACAGAAAGCUUCGGCCAUGGAGGAAGAAACUGCAGAAGCCUCCGUGGACCUGAAGGCCCUGGUGGAGCAGGAGGUCAGGGAGCAGAUGGAGCAGGUGUCCAAGCAACUGGACCAGCGCAUCAAAGAGACGGCGUCCGAGCAGAGCGGCAAAGCCCAGUCCGCCAAGUCCGCCAAGUCUGGCAAGAAAGGCAAAAAAUAACCAGAACAGCCAACUUUAAAUUAAACUACUUAAACAUG